GUGAGUGCAAAACACCUAGUUAAGGUGUAAAAGCUUACACUCUUCCUAUGUAAAAAAAAUCAAAUUGACAACAUACAUCAUGUAAUUAACUUUAAUUUGGAUUCAGUUUAGCUGUUAUGGGCUGAACAUAAUCUCGGCCCAAAUACAAGUCCACGAGCUGAUGAUAGAUCUUACGAUGUCGUUUAUAGGUCUUAUCCCCUUGAAUACAUCGCCAAAGUGUUGUCCGAGCGGAACAGUGUCUCUUGCUGUCUUGCAAUGGCUUCCUUCACAACAUCAUCUUCUUCGUCCUCGCUUCUCCCCAAAACCCUACUUCCCGUAACCCACCUGACACGCUUCCCUACAAUCUCCUCCUCUAUCCACCUUACCGGAAAAUGGAAUCCUCUCCUCCGGAGCAUCUCCACCGCCGGGUCUCGCCGUCGUGUUGCUAUUGUCAAGGCUGCGACGGUGGAUUCGGAUUACUCGUCGAGAAGGAGCAGCAGCAACGAGCAGAGGGAGACGAUAAUGCUCCCGGGAUGCGACUACAACCACUGGCUGAUUGUAAUGGAGUUUCCCAAGGAUCCAGCGCCAACGAGGGAACAGAUGAUUGAUACUUAUCUCAACACUCUCGCUACUGUUCUUGGAAGUAUGGAAGAAGCAAAGAAGAAUAUGUAUGCAUUCAGUACCACUACGUAUACUGGAUUCCAAUGCACCAUUGACGAAGAAACAUCUGAGAAAUUCAAGGGUUUGCCUGGAGUUCUGUGGGUUUUGCCUGACUCCUACAUAGAUGUUAAGAACAAGGACUAUGGAGGCGACAAGUACAUCAAUGGAGAGAUUAUCCCCUGCACAUACCCAACCUACCAACCAAAGCAGCGCAAUAACACAAAGUAUCAAAGUAAGAGGUACGAAAGAAAAAGAGACGGUCCUCCACCUCCUGAGCAGCAGAGGAAACCAAGACAAGCACCAGCUGCUUCUGAUUCCCCUUGAACUAUGAUAAAACAAGGCCCAGCCCUUUACAAUGUAUUGUAUGAGAGAUUUUUGAUCGAUCGCUUAGUCCCUAGCUUAUUCAAACCGGAUGUAAACUCUUCUAGUAUCAGUGAUGAAACUGUGUCAUCAUCGUUUGAAACAAUAUAAGACAGGCCUUUUGGUUUCGGUUACUGCUCUGUUCGGUUAACUUGUAGCAAAGCUAUUCAAAUUAUAUUAUUUGUUUGGUAGG